CCCUGGGGCGGGAGGGAGGCUGCAAAGGGAGAGGAGGUUGGGGAGCUUGGCUGGGGUCCUCCAUUAGACGUUCGUGCUGAGGAGCUGUGUCCUGAGGGAAAAGGCUGUGCUGGGUCACUCCGGAGGUCCCUGUGGAGAAGGGACUGGGAGCACGGGAAGGUUGGGCAUGGCCCUGGCCAGAGAUGGUGGUCAUAUGGCAAGAACCAUGGGGACAGGAAGGAGGGACAGAGUUCAGAAACCUUUGAAAGGUAGAAUCAACAUGUCUGGGAGUAGGUGGUGACUACCUCAGUCUCCUAAUCUGUGAAAUGGGUGUAACACCCCCUUCCUGGGAUUGUAUACACUGGGGAGGACAGAAGUCCGGCACCUGUUAGUGACACACGAGGGGUGUGGGUGAGAGCGGGAGGACACUGACUGUACAGCAAUGCUCCAUCAGCAUUUCCCCGUGAGCCAUCAGUCUACCCCCUUUAGGUUCAAAGAACGUGUCCUGCAGACCCCAAAUGACCUUCUGGCUGCUGGUUUUGAGGAGCACAAGUUCCGAAACUUCUUUAAUGCUUUUUACAGUGUGGUAGAGCUGGUCGAGAAGGACGGGUCAGUGUCCAGCCUGCUGAAGGUGUUCAACGACCAGAGCGCCUCGGACCAAAUCGUGCAGUUUUUGCGCCUGCUCACCUCAGCCUUCAUCAAGAACCGCGCGGAAUUCUUCCGACACUUCAUUGAUGAGGAGAUGGACAUCAAGGACUUCUGUACUCAUGAAGUGGAGCCCAUGGCCAUGGAGUGUGACCACAUCCAGAUCACAGCCCUGUCUCAGGCACUGAACAUCGCCCUGCAGGUGGAGUAUGUGGAUGAGAUGGACAUGGCCCUGAACCACCACGUGUUCCCCGAGGCUGCCACCCCUUCCGUUUACCUGCUCUAUAAAACAUCCCACUACAACAUCCUUUAUGCAGCCGAUAAACGCUGAUUAAUUUUAGGCCAUGCAGUGGAGCCUGUCACCUAAAGGGACUGCAUUUUAAAUGGAACAUUCCGGCUUUUCAAUUUUUUAAGCAACUUAAACUAUAAUUAGAAAAUGUACAGUCUUUUGGGCAAAGUCCCUGGGAAGGAGGCCUACCCAUUAUGGACUGUGGUAACUUAGUGAUAUUGUUAGUAUUUAUUUUCAUGGAGGAUCAAAUGCUUUCUAACUCAGGGCUACAAAGCCAGAACCCCUGAGACCCUGGGCAGGUCACCUCCCCUCUCUGGGCCCGUUUCUUCAUCUAGAGAAGGUUCCUGCCAGUGCUGACAUUCUGUUGUCAUAUAAAAAAUAGGGCCCUCUGGUUUCCUUUCUGUGCCUCUGUGCUGGGGAGGAAAAGCUCAAGGUCAGAGGUCUUCAGUGACUUCCCAGUUCUACAAAAAAAGAAUCCAGUCCAAUUAGCUGUUAGACUGGACUUUGGUAGAUGGCUGACGGAAGCAUUGGCCAACUGGCCAAUGUGAGGCCUUCAGCGUGGUUCCAAACAUUCACCAUGGGAGUGUUUUCUUACCCUAACCUGAGGAGGAAAAAGAGACUUUUAUGCCGAAGUCUAAAAAGAGGCCUUCAGGAUGAAGCUCGGGUUGUUGUGGCCCUCUCGCCCUCUCUCCCUCUCUCAGGGCCAGACGUGCUUGCCUUUGGGCAGGCGCUUCAGGAUUCUGCUGCUAGCCCCACCUGAACAGAGGCUCAAGGAAGGCUGGGGUCUGGGACCAGGAAGCUGUCUCACCACCCCCAACACAGCCUGGAAUGAGAAUCUAGGUAAUCCUCCAGGUGGAGACAGCAGUACGUGCAGCCACAGACUCCAGCUGCGCAGGGCAGACAAGUUUUGCAAGGCGGUGUGUGGCUGCUUUCCCUUUUUCCCCUUCUGCUUGGUUUUGUGGGCUGGCAGGAAGUUAGGUGGGAGAGAGCAGAGACAAGCCCAGGAAACUGGCAGUGAGGGAGAUCUCUGUUGCGAAAACUGCCUAGAAGCCAAGAGCCCUGGCUGGCAGCCUCCUCAUUCACCCACCUGGACAUGCCCCUUAAUAACCUUGUCACCUUGCUGUCCCCAGGACCUUGAAGAGCCUUGGUUGAUCUCGGGUACCGCUAGCAAGCUCUCUUCCUCUGUGGGAGGAAAUGGAGACCGCAGAAGUGUGGAACUGCCCAUGGGUGACUUCCCUAACCCAAGGCGUUUUCUCACAGGUUCCAUUCUGCGGGGAUUUAUGCGUGUCAGCUGCCAGCCAGGCUGUGCACAGGGACUGGGCAGCAGAUUGCUGAGGCCUUGUAUACAAACAGCAGAUUUAUAUCAUUCUUCUGCCUUUGUGAAGACAGAUGUUAGGGUGCUUUAAUGCCAGGCAGGGACCCAGGUUCCCCUACUGCCUCAGCUCGGGCUUAAACCCAAGGGCUCAUGCGAAGUGAUCAUGUCACUUUUCCACAGGACUGUAAACCUGACCUUGAUCUCUGAACUGGUGAUGUCCCACCCUGCUCUGGGUAGGAGUGCUAGGAUCUGUGACAAAUAUACUGGAAGAACAGGGGAAAUGUUAUGUGACUUGUGACUAUCUCAAACCAAAGGGUAUGAACACAGCACUGGGCUGAAUGCCCGUGGCCGCUCCGAGGGGUUGCGGGACGGCCUGCGCCUCCAGCUGGGCUCUCACGGACGGCAUAAGCGGCAGCUGCCACUUCUUGGCAUGUCCACAAAAGCAGAGGUUUCGCUUUGGCAGCCUGGCUGGAGAAAUUCCCUCUCAGACUUCCUAUGCUGUGCUUCCAGGUCUGAGAGCCCACCAGUGCUCGUAUGGGACCCUCUUCCGAGGACAGAUCCUAUCAGUUUAGAAUCAGAAUGCCACAGACAGGCAAAUUCUUCUCAUGUUCUUACAAUGUGCUUCCCCUUUCCUCCACAAAACCACCGGUCCAUAGUCCAUGCUCUCUGCCUUCUCAUCUGCCCCCAGAUGGUCUGAGAGCAAGCACCAAUGCCGAAAAGGGAGUGGCAGAAUUCAGGAACUUGUUUAAAUCCAGCCAUCUGGGGAGGUUAACUUUGCUUGUCUACGGCAGCCAGUAAUGCUGGCAUUCACACUUCCUGGAUAAUUCUCCACCCACCUCACCAAGGCAUCUCUGCCCAGACCAAAAGGGGGCAGGAGAGUUGCUUUGAGAGUCUGUCUUUAUAACUGCACAUUUAUUAUUUUCCUUCCAAAGGGAACUUUAUAAAUGGGAAUGUUUAGCAACAAAAAGAACUGUCCUUGCUUUUGACUGGGCUCCUAUUUUAAGCACAAAGGGGUUCUGGAGCCAGACCCGCCUGGGUUUGAAUCCUCCCUUUUCACUUACUAGCUCUUGGCCAAGAACUUCACCUCUGAGCCCUAAUUCCCGUAUCAGUGAAAUGAAGACAACACCUACGCAGCACAGGGUCACUGGUUAAUGUGGAACAAGAUUAUGUAGGAGAUCUGACACCCAGUGCUCUACAAGCAGGGAAGCAGCAGAACACUUGCUGCAAUGUGGGCAAAUACCUCUUUGGCAGGGACUCUGGCUUCCCAAACGGGGAAGUGUCAGGAGCCAUUAGACAAGUCUAAGAACCAUUCUCACACUGUGCAAAAUGGGGGCAGGAGCUGUGGCUCAGUGAGCAGCUGCCCAGGGUUGGGGGGGGGGGCGGCCCCACAGCUUCUCCCGGCAGUUGGUGGAAACAUUUUCCUAGCAUUAAAAUGGUUUCCAUGACAACUUUUAUCCUGGUUUCUUAGUAUUUGGUAUCUGACAUGCACUGAAGAUCAGCACUCUCCCAUAGGGCUUAUGUGUGUGAGUGGAUUAGCAGGAGAGAGCGGGUUCUCCUUUAGUGGAAGGUCUAUAUACUCAGCAAGUUCUACCCUUGGGCUGGAGGUGCCAAAGAAACUACAGGAUUUACAAAGCUUUACGUCAUCAAGUCAAAGAACAGAACUGCCUGGGAUGCUAACCUUAUCUUUUAAAACCGACUCCCCUUAACACACUAUCCCGCAAAAAAAAAAAAAAAAAGCAUUUGCUGUUAAGGGACAAGGGCAGCAUGUCAACAGUCAUCGGUGGGUCUGUUUGACCUGUGACCAGUAGCCUCAGGCCUCUCAUGACUCAGGGGCCGCUAAGUCUCCUUAGGGCUGCUCAAACCACCACUGUAUCAUCUGGAUAAUGGUGAGUCCCCUGCCAUCCUCCACCAACUGUCACCCAAGAACUGAUCUCACAGACUAGGAUUGUUUUCUACUGCAUUCUCCUCUCUGAGUCACUGGUGACCCUGGGGAGACAUUCUUUAACAACACUGCUGUCCUUUUAAGACUGAAGCAGUUUUCUGUACAUGCCCACAAGGAAAUAUCCACGGUUUUAAUCCCAGGUCUGCCAUUUGGCCGCUCUGUGAUCUGAGCAAGUUUAAACCACUCAGUGUCACCUUCUCAACUACAAAAAGGUAUUAGGACUUGUAUCUCAGAUGCUUGUUAGACACCAAAUGAUAGGGACGCCUGGGUGGCUCAGUUGGCUAAGUAUCUGCCUUUGGCUCAGGUCGUAAU